AUGGCAAAGUAUUUUACUCUUUUGCCUACCCUUGUGAUACUCAGCUUCUUCAUAAUCUCUUCACUGGUUCUGGUCCAAGCCGGCUUCACCAAUGACCUAAACGGUCUGGAAUGGGCCACGACCGGUGUCCAUGACUCCUCAGGCUGCCACGGUUCAAUAGCAGACUGUAUCGGGACAGAGGAAGAUGAGGAAAUGGAGUCAGAGAUCAGCAGAAGAAUAUUGGCAACAACAAAGUAUAUAAGCUAUCAAUCUCUGAAGAGGAACAGUGUGCCAUGCUCGAGAAGAGGUGCCUCUUAUUACAAUUGUCAGAACGGAGCUCAAGCUAAUCCUUAUAGUCGUGGUUGCAGCGCAAUUUCUCGUUGCAGGAGUUAG